CUCUAAAGUGCGGGCCAGAGCUAACGAGCCGUUUGUCAGUUGAGGGCACUAAGCUAAACUUGACGGGGCUAGCACUUUGAUGAUCUGUGAGAGAACGAGGCAAACAAACAAGGGUGCUCCUCAGCCGUCUCGGUACCCAACACAGCCAACGUCGGGGAACAAAUUUUUCUUUCUUUUACAUAGAAGAGCAACAUGACCCCAUCCAGCGUAAGUUUUCCGACCCGUGUCUUGUGUUGUGUUGGCUCUGCCGUACGGUUUAACUCGACGACGUCAGAACUGCAUGCCUUUCCUGCAUCAAGCAGGUCUGGCUACCGACAAAGUUAUUUUAUCCCAUUUAUUUACUUUACUUCCUCGAAUCGACACCAUCUGUCAAACUAAAAUAAUUUAGCAACAAGAGACGAACGAAAAAAACACCAAGCUGUUAGGCUUCGGCGCGGCCCGCGCUUUAUUACCAACGAAAAUGGCUCACUCGAUGGACAACAAUGGACACGACUCGAGCUCGACUCGAAGCGGUGGUGCUGGCGGGGGGUCCACGGAGUUUCUACAGUCGUCAGCCAUGGCAAGGCCCCCUGCACAAACGACUCUCACCGCCUCAUCGUCGUCGAACUACGCCUCUAGCGUGUCUAGUGACAGCCAGAUUCAGACAGGGGGUCUCCCCGGGACACCUGUUACCCGACGCUCAGGCGGAUGGGACCGGCAAACGCUCUCCCCGGCGGCGGCUGCAAGGGAAGACCAUGUCGUUAAGACGAACAGUAUAGAGGACUCUUCUGAUUCUUCGGAUGAGUUUGUUACGAGUUACAAGCCUAUGGAACGUGGGUCACGCUCCAAACGGUUCUUCCAAGCUUUCGUCGCCAAAUUCACCAAAUCCUCUGUUCGGUACGGUUUGGUGCCGAAUAGCCAGCAAGAACAAGACAGAAAUGUCAUUCAACAUACCGUUAUCAUCAAUAUCUUCAAGGGACUUCACUUAUCACCGAUAACAUCAAGACCGAAGCGGGUGCUUGAUGUCGGCACUGGACCUGGAACAUGGGCACUGGAAUUUGCCACGAAAUACCCUUCCUGUUCUGUUCUAGGCGUCGAUAUUGAACCAGUCCACCCACCUUAUACAAAAUCUAACUGCAGCUUCAAAACAUUCGAUAUUACACACGAUUGGGACUUUUCCAAUGGCGGCAACUUCGACUUUAUUCACAUUCGACAACUGGGCGAUAUUGGAGACAAAAAGAAGUUAGUCCAAGCGGCAUUCGAUAAUCUGAGGCCGGGAGGAUGGGUCGAGUUCACAGAAUGGAUCGCGAUCCUACAAUCACCAAAUCACUCAUUAAACGGCACAGCAUUCCGGAAAUGGAACGAUUUAUUAGAGCAAGGAAUGCGCAAUUUUGGCACGACGCUGAAAUACCCUGAAAAGUUCAAACCAUUACUACAGGAAGCCGGGUUUGAGCGUAUCAUCGAGACGAGACACGGAGCGCCGACAAAUGCAUGUUAUCCCGGGAAGAAGUUACAACGCAUAGGGCAUCUAAUGACUCAGAAUUGGUUGUUUAUCAUUGAGCCGUUGACGAUGCCUGUUUUUACGCAAGCUUUGGGUUGGUCGCCGGAGCAGGUCAAGAAGUUUCUGGUGGAUGUGAAGAAAGAAAUUGGGAAUACGAAAUACCAUUCCUUUAUGACAUUGUAAGUACUAAACUUCUCAUAUUUCCAAGGAAUCCAGCUGACCAACGACUCAGAAUAACGAUUUGUGCCCAAAAGC